UUUUGCGGCCUCUACUGCCGUAUUUUCUGGGGCUUCUGUGUCUGGGCGGUUUGUAUCUGUUGGUGGUGUGGUGGCCGCGUUGCUGUCUGUUGGAGGAGUGGAAAUUGGUGGCUGCGGCCUUGGGGCUGGAAUGAACCGCACUCUCGGUGGAGGCCGGGGAGCCAAGCCAGAGCCAUGGCAAGUACAGUGGUAGCAGUUGGACUGACCAUUGCUGCUGCAGGAUUUGCAGGCCGUUAUGUUUUGCAAGCCAUGAAACAUAUGGAGCCUCAAGUAAAACAAGUUUUUCAGAGUCUACCAAAAUCUGCCUUCAGUGGUGGCUAUUAUAGAGGUGGUUUUGAACCCAAAAUGACAAAACGAGAAGCAGCAUUAAUACUAGGCGUAAGUCCUACUGCCAAUAAAGGAAAAAUAAGAGAUGCUCAUCGACGAAUUAUGCUUUUAAAUCACCCAGACAAGGGAGGAUCUCCUUAUAUAGCAGCCAAAAUCAAUGAAGCUAAAGAUUUACUAGAAGGUCAAGCUAAAAAAUGAAGUAAAUGUGUGAUGAAUUUUAAGUUCUUGUUAGUUUAUGUAUAGGAGUGUUAGCUUUUUAUAAUAAAAUGCCUCAAAGCUA